CAAAAUGGCGGCCAAAGUUGAUGGUCUGAGAAAUGCAAUCGAUCAAGCGACCCAGGCUGGGGAGGAAUUUAGUAAUGUCUACUACGAGACUUUGGACAAACGACGCCACCUCAUGUCGAAACUAUACUCAGAGAAUACUACAAUCGUCUGGAAUGGAAAUGUAGUUAAAGGUGGAAGUGCUAAGGUGACGGAUUUUUUCAACAACCUUCCAGCUACGGAACACACGCUCCAUUCACUAGAUUGUCAACCAGUUUCAGAUCAAGCCAUCCCUGGGCAAACAACAGUUCUAGUUGUGGUUGAGGGAUUGGUUAAGUAUGAUGGGCACAAGAUACAUCGGUUUUCACAAAACUUUCUGUUGACUGCUGAGGGAGGAACUGUUUGGAAAGUGGCAAGUGACUGCUUCAGAUUUAUCCAGUGAAGGACUUGGUGGAAUUCAACAACAUUCUAUUGAAGUUGUGCCAAUAUUUAUUUGAAUCAUUGGUUUGACUGAGGCAUGUACACUCUGUAUAAUGGUGUGCUGCAUGUGGCCCCAAUGCAAGAGAUGAGAUGUGAAAUACAUAUACUCAAAUAAAAUGUCUGGGGAGUGGACUGCCACAAGUUGUCACUGCCCUCCAUGCAGUAGACAGUAACACAAACCAUCAAGAUGUGGAGCGUGUGAUCUUGUGCAAGAGAUACAAAAGAACUAAACUUUCCAUGCAUAAAGCUGAAUCACUGCUGAAUAGAAAGAACCAAUUGACAACUUUUUAAUUUUUUAGACAAAGUCUUAAAAAUUAAGGUGCCUCAAUCAGAAUGUACCAUGAGACAUAUUUCUCUUUUCAAGUACAUUACUCAAUGAUAAAUCCAUAAUUUUACAUGCUUUUCUUCUUCCAGAGUUAAUACAAAUGAUUAACAAAGUGGUCAUUUUUAAUACAAUUAUGUUCUAUGCAUGUCCGAUGCCUAAGAACGUACUCUGUGUAGGUGAAAUAUUUCUUCUCUCAUUUAAACUGGUACCAGCUAUUCCAAUGCAAGAUAUUGACAGAAGUAAAAAAAAUAAAAAACUACAAACUUUUUAACUUAAUGUUGAUGUAGUUCACUUGGAAUAGCAAAGAGUGGCAAUAUUUUUGAAGAGCUUUUCUUGUUCAGUAACUCCUGUGUUAACAUUACUUAUGAGGAGGCUGACUAGGAAAAGGAAGCUCUAAGAAAUUUUUAUCAUCUAAAAGAAGCCUAAACUUAAACCUGACACUUGCACAAUCUUGGUGCAAUGUUCCAAACAAAUUAGCUACAGCUUAUGGAAGCACUGACACUGUAAACUGUUUGAGCUCACAAUCAAGAUGAUAAAGAAAAAUUUGAUAAGCUACGAAUGGCUAAGUAUUGGAAAGAACACACUUAUAUAUGACUCUCAUCUACAUUGUGCUUUUUCAAUCAUCUCCACUGACUAAGACCUUGAACACAUGCUGGACUGUGAACCACAGCAAUUGUACACAGUGUGUGUUUGCUGUUUUUGUAUGAAAAUAUAUACAGUGCUUCAAAUACAUGCAAUGAGAAAAAGGAA